ACCGGUGUGGUCCGGUCGUUUGUUCCGGGGUUUGGAAUGCCACAUUUUGAUGACGUGACCAGCGUGUGAUUCCGACACAUUUCGACAGUGAGAAACACCACAAUAUGGCGGUCUCACUGGGCGUGCUUCUGAUCUUUCUGGCAGCAGGCUGCCAAGCCAAGUCCGUGGCCAAACCGAAGCGCCAGUCGCUGUCGGAGGAAGGCUGGUACCAGGCGGGAUGUCUGAACCACAUGGGCUGCGGCGUCUCCGUGGACGGGCCCUUCUGUGCCAGUAACGGACAAACCUACCACAACUACUGCGCCUUUCUCACUGCUGCAUGCAUCUGGCCAUUCGAGUAUCCGGAUGACCCACCUGUUGUGUAUGAGCACGAUGGAAGAUGCAACUCGGCCCGGACUCACGCCUACCACCAGAAGCGCCAGGGGACCGCCCUGACAGACGAGCCUUGGUACCAGGCCGGUUGCCUUGACUACGUGUUCGAGUGUCACAUGACCGGCACGGAGGGCCCGUUCUGCGCCAGCAACGGUGUGACGUACCACAACCCCUGUGCCUUCCAGAGCGCCGCCUGCAUCUGGCCAUAUGAGUACCCCAAUGAUCCACCAGUCACAGUUGUGCAUAACGGCGCAUGCGCCUAGUAAGCGGUCCAUACCCAUGCUCUGCAGUAAUAGAGUUGGCCGCAAGGAGGCGUUCUUAACGGCUGGUGCAACUGCUUGUGCUAAUAAAGUGUCAGAAAUGAG